GAUACAGGAGGAUCACCACUCAAAGAAGAAUAUGGUUGGCCCUGGGCCUUUGCUGGCUGGUGUCGUUCCUGGUGGGACUGACGCCCAUGUUUGGCUGGAACACGAAAUUGACCUCAGAGUACCACAGAAAUGUUACCUUCCUUUCCUGCCAGUUCCGUUCUGUCGUGAGGAUGGACUACAUGGUCUACUUCAGCUUCUUCACUUGGAUUUUAAUCCCCCUGAUUGUCAUGUGCGCCAUCUAUCUUGACAUAUUCUACAUCAUCCGGAACAAACUCAAUCAGAACUUUUCGAGUUCCAAAGAGACAGGUGCAUUUUAUGGACGGGAGUUCAAGACGGCCAAGUCUCUGUUUCUGGUUCUCUUCCUGUUUGCUUUGUCCUGGCUGCCUUUGUCCAUCAUCAACUGUAUCACCUACUUUCAUGGUGAGGUGUCACAGAUUUUUCUGUACUUGGGCAUUCUGCUCUCCCAUGCUAACUCCAUGAUGAACCCUAUUGUCUAUGCUUAUAAAAUAAAGAAGUUCAAAGAGACCUAUCUUUUGAUCCUCAAAACCUGUAUGAUCUGCCAGUCCUCUGAUUCCUUGGACCCAAGCAAGGAUCAGACCUCUGAGUAGUUAUCUGAGUAGUCAUCUGGAUGACUCUUCACCCCAUUGACCUUCGGAUUCAGCAUCAGUAAACACUUGAGGACCUAUCCACCUGAGCCAGGGGCUUUCUCGUCCUUAAUUUCUUUUACUGAGGUGGGGAUCAUUUGACUGGCUGCCUCCACUUGUACCUCCCCUAAAGCCCCUUCCUAUAAUCUAAUUGUUUUCUUGUCUUUCUUCUCUGGUUCAAUGUUCUGCAUGCCUGACUCAAGGAGAAUGUUUUACUAUUACUACUGCCUGUGUUCCUCCUCCCCAAACAGGAGGAGAAGUCAGUCUGAAGGAUGCUCCGUUGAUUUAACUGAUGAAAGGUCCCAAUCCCGCUGGACAUGGGUGUGGUGGUGACUCAGUUCCACUCCAUUGUGGAACCACACCAGCACACGCCGGGGAGAUGGCAGGAACAGAGUGUCACAAAGGGGGACUGAAACUGCUGAGUUCACCUGUAACUGUAUUUGAGUAAAUAAAAGACCGCUGACUGUCGUGUA